UUGCAAGCAGCAUAAAGCAGCAUAUUCAACCUCAAAUACCCCAGGCUUGUGAGUGUUGCAUUCACCUCACAGGCACUUUUCUGGGCCUUCCGGCGCUCCCAAACCAGUCGGGGCCAUGGCUGCAUCGACGCAAAAAGCCACGAACCUCUUCCAGGUCUACCUGCGACUGCGGCCGCCGCAAGGUGGGGCUGCUACGGGAGAGCGGUUCUUGACGGUCGAGGAACCGGACGACGACAGCAAGACACCCAAACACAUCACGCUCAAUCCGCCUAACGACCGACGCCGUGCCAUCGAGAAGUUCGCUUUCACGCAGGUCUUCGAAGAGGAUGCGACCCAGCUCGACGUCUUCAACUGCGUCGGCGUAGCCAAUCUGAUCAAUGGAGUUCUGGCACCCUGUGGCGGAGAUGGGACCGAUGCUCUGGUGGCUACGCUAGGCGUCACGGGGUCGGGGAAGUCACACACCAUCCUCGGGUCUCGGUCCCAACGCGGCUUGACCCAACUCGCCCUCGACGUGAUCUUCCAGUCUCUCGGCGAGAACAUCGUCGACUGCGACACGUGCCCAACCCUCGAACAGUCAAUUGUGGCAUCCGAUCCGUCCGAGGCCGCCAUCUUCUCAGCCCCAACCUUCCUCGAUUCCGUAUUUGUUGACCUCUCGGCCUCUCACCGACCCGGCUCAAGAGCACAGACCCCUAUGAAUGUAGGAUAUCCGCCAUCUUCUCCCCAGCCGCGCCCUCAACAAGAAGUUCAGCAUGGCCCUAGUGGGCGAAUUCCAGGCUUGGGUUGCGAGACCGUCCGCGUUGUGAUGGGCAAGGACUCGAUCGCAACACUAUCGCCGCUUGCAACGACGACCACGACGGACAAGAGCCAGUCUAUAUCCGAUAAUAGACGUGGACUUGGCGCUGCCUUCGUUCCUCACAACCGUCAGACUGGUCAUGCAUUCUGCGGUCCCCGACGCCAGCAAGUGCAAAGAGCAAAAGGGGCGAGAGGGAGAAUGCAACCCUCCGGACGAGCCACAGCCUCUACCAGUUGUGUUCGAUUGAAGUCGGGUACUAACCAGGCUGCACACUCUCAGGGCGAAUCCAUCGGUCCGGGACAUACACCAUCGCGCCGGCUCCACCGGCCCUCGACCUUUCCCCAGCAACCCGAUGUUAACGGCCUCUCUGUGUCGUGUGACCCAUCGGCUGAAUACGCGGUCCUCAUCUCCAUGUACGAGGUGUACAAUGAUCGAAUCUUCGACCUGCUGACCCCGCCGACCAAGUCAACAGCGACCAAAGAAUACCGUCGACGGCCGUUGUUGUUCAAGCCCACCGAGGCAUCUCCGGACCGCAAGGUUGUAGCUGGACUGCGGAAAGUGAUUUGCGGCAACCUACAUCAGGCAUUGAUGGUGCUCGAGGCGGGCCUCCACGAGCGGAGAGUCGCCGGUACGGGGAGCAAUAGCGUGAGCUCGCGUAGUCAUGGCUUCUUUUGCGUGGAAGUCAAGAAGCGGACCCGCGGCAACAGGAAGCACGGCGCGGAGCCUUCUUGGGGUGGGAGCGCUCUCACGAUAGUCGACCUUGCCGGCAGCGAAAGGGCAAGAGACGCCAAAACAGCCGGCACAACGCUCGCCGAAGCUGGCAAGAUCAACGAGAGCUUGAUGUACUUAGGACAGUGUCUGCAAAUGCAAAGCGACGCCGCCACCAAAGACAAGCCCAACCUUGUCCCGUUCCGGCAGUGCAAACUGACCGAGCUGCUCUUUUCGAACUGUUACCCCUCCCCGUCGGCUAUCUCCUCGGGGAGGUACCGGAACCCGCAGAAGGCCGUCAUGAUCGUCACGGCCGACCCCCACGGCGACUACAACGCGACGUCCCAGAUUCUCCGGUACAGCGCACUCGCGCGGGAAGUCACGGUGCCGCGAAUCCCAAGCAUCACCCAGACAAUCCUCGCGGCCGCAGCGCAACAACAACAACAAGCCUCGCAGUCCCUCUCGAGCCCGGUCGAAGCCCCAACUCAGGCCCGGCCCUCCUCCCCCCGGGGCCGCGGGCGUGGCUCCGGCUCCGGCUCCGGCUCCGUCCAUUACCCGCCCCUCCUCUCGUCACCCGACAUUGUCCGCGGCGCCUCCUCGCCAGCUCACAGCCCCGCCAACACGGCCGGCAGCAACGACAACAGCAUGCACCGCAGCACCGUGGAAGCCGCGGUGCUGGAGAUCUCCCGCCUGACGGAGGAAAUCGAGUACCUGCAGCAGGCGCUCGAGGCGGAACGAACGGCCCGCCAGGAAGCCGAAGCGCGGCUCCUGUCGAUGGAGGACCGGAUGGUGGACUUGGAGCAGGCCGUGCGAGAGGACUGCACCAACGAGUUCGAGCGCCGACUCGAGAUCGAGAUGGCACGGUGGCGCGCCAUGAUGCAGGUCGAGAUGGAGCGCGGGGAGGAGCAUUGGGGGCGCAAGAUCGAGCUCUUUGAGAGAAGCUUCGGAGGAGGCGGCGGCGGCGGCGGUGUUCUCCUCCGGAAUGAUGGCAACCAUAACGACGGCGAUGACUACUACGACGGCGACGCCGGCGGGGAGGAGGGCGACGAAGACAAGGAGAACAUCCUCGUGGAGGACGUCCAUCAGGAGAACGAGCGGCUGAGGAGGGAGAACGAGGCUCUGAGACGCGAGAUCGCCUCCAUGAGCCCCACCAAGAGACUCCCGCUGAGGGAGCGCGUGAGCGACGCCGGCGCGGUGGCAAGGGGCGGGAAGCCCGAGACGGGCAGCCCGCGGCAUGCGCGCACCUCCAGGGCUGUCGGCGGCGGUGGUGGCAGCUAUGACGAGGAGGGUAGCCUGCUGGACAGGCUCGAGAGACUGCGGGUUAAUGACGCCCAGGCCUCGGCGCGAAGCUCUGCGGGAGGCGGGAAAUCCCGCAAAGUGCGUAAGUUGCCUGGCAAGAGGUGGAAUGCGGUCGGCGACGAUGAUGACCUGUUCUGAGUUUGUCUUUCUGUCUGUCUAUCUGUCAGUCUGCCCCUCUUCAUUUUUCUUGUACUACUUUGGCGGAACUCACAAGCUGGGUUCUGGGAAUUCGUUCGAUGGGUCUGAACUUUUUUAAUUUUUU